AUGAUAAAUCGAUCACCUACUAUGAAAUCAUAUAAUAAAUAAAAUCAAAGCUAAGAUCCUUUGCUCAUUUUAACCCCUCCAAGUAGUUUACGUGAAAUAAGUUGUUCAUUUAGAGGUAACCUAAAUCGACAUGCAACAAUGUUUAGUAAGAGAAAUAAAUAAGAAUAAUAAGAAGAUUAAUAAUAAUAAAGAUAAUAUAGGUUGUAAUUGCAAAAAAUAUAUCAAGAAACAUUUAUUAAAUAAUUACUCGAUAAAGCUAAGCCAUUUAGCAAAAUGAACAAUUAUUAAAAGUAAGUACUUGAUGACUUGUAAUUUGGUUAAGAUACAUAAAUAGAUGAUAUAGAUAGUAGUUGUUAUAAAUUUAUGUUCAACUAUUUCAACAAUUAUCCUAUUAUAUAACCGUAAAGCAAUUUAAAAAUUUGUUCAGAUAUUAUUUUCAUUAUAAACACAUUGAUAAUAUUGUUAUGGUUGCCAUUUAAAUAUUCUUUUGAAUUUGAUUCGAUUCUAUAAAUAUUAAAUUAUAAUUAUUACUAUAUAAUAGAAUACAUACUCAUAGUGAUAUUGAUAUUUGAAAUAAUUAUCUAAUUUAAUUAGGCUUACAUUUUUAAAGGAAAAGUAAUUAAGUAAUAAAUUUUUAUUGUAUUAGUUAGCAUUAUCAUAUAAUAUAUAACUAUUUAAAAUAAGACAUGAUAAAAGAUCUUAUCUGUUUAAUUUCCUUGAUAGUACUGUUAUUUCAAACCUUUAAGACUGGAGAAUUGAACAUAGUCUUAAUAUGUAUUUUUGGACUUCUUCAAGGAUCAAAAUUAUUGAAGGUUGUAAAUAAUACUCUAGAAUAUUUUAAUAUUUAGUAGAAUAAUUUAAUUCCAUUGGUCAUAAAUUUAAUUGCAAUAAUAUAUUUAAUACAUCUUGUAUCUUGCAUAUAGUAUACUUUAAUAAAGGAUAUGAACAAUAUAAAAUCGAAUGUAAUUUAAGAAUAUAUUGAAUGUUUUAAUUGGGCAUCCAUUUAUUUAACAAGUGCAGGAUUUUCAAAUAUAGAAUCUAGUAAUAAUGAGUAAUUGAUAUUUUCAUCAUUAAUAUCAAUAAUAUCUAUAUUAAUAGAUGGAUUUAUUACUAUAAAAAUAGGUUUAUAUUUAUAUAAUAGUACCUAAAGAAUUAAGCAUAAUUAAUACAUUAAUAUGAUGACAAAUUAUAUGAAUAUAAAUAGCAUACAUUUGAAUUUACAACAUAGAAUACGUAGUUAUUUAUAAUACAUUUAUAAAGUAAUUGAAAUAUAUAAUAAAUUAGUAAGAACAAUAAAUGAAUGAUGAAGAUAUUACUUAAAUAAUGGGUAAAUUGUCAUACUAAUUAAGAAGUGAAUUGAAAAAUUAAUUAUAAGCGAAUAUUUUAGAAUAAUGUAAAAUGAUAUCUUCAAAUUUCUCAUUUAAAUUUAGGAAAUAAUUAGUAUAUUAUAUGGAAGAAUUGAAGACAGUACCUGAAUAAAGAAUCUUAACAUUAAAUGAAUAAGAUGAUAGUUCUAUAUAUUUUAUCAAUAAAGGUGAAGUGAAUGUGAUAUUUGAAUAAACAAAUAAUAUGCAUGAGAAAUAUACUCGUAAUCAAAUAAAGAUAUUGCAAAAAGGAGAGUACUUUGGAUUUUUAGGAUUUAUAACUGGAAAUAAAAGAACAGCCACAAUAAUAAGUAAAGGAUUCUGUUAAUUGUACAAAAUAUAAAGACAACAUUUUGUAAAUUUACUUGAAUAAUUUCCUGAUGACAAAGAGAAAUUCUAUAUGAUAAAAGAUAAGGUUUAAUUUUAAUAAGAUCUAUCUAUGCUUGAUGUAAAAUGUUAUAGUUGUAAAUCAACUAAUCAUUUAGUUAAUUAAUGUCCAUUUCUACAUUUUUAACCUGAUAAAGAUAGAGUUAUCAAAUAAUAAUUGUAUCCAAUUUAGUAAGAAAGAGAAGAAAUGUAAAUUAAUUAAAGAUAUAUAUAUCUAUAGAUAACGUAAAUCCAAGUACAUAAAUGCUUUGUUAUAAUAAGCAGUAAUUUAAGAUUUAGCUAAAGAAUUAAUGAAUGAUUUAGAAAAUGUUGAAGCAAGUGAAAAUAUAUCAGAAGGUGAAUCUGAAGAUAUUCAUACAAGAACUAUUAAAAGUAUUAUGAAAUUAUUAAUAGGCACUUCGAAUGUCCAAACAAAAAGUCUAAGCAAAUCAUUUAGUUAAUAUAGCAAUCAAUUAAGUAAGUUUAGUCAUAGACCUUCCUAAACAUUGACAGUAGCAUUAAGUUAAAAUUAUCAAUCAUAAAAAUCUCAAGAAGAAAUAGGGAAAUUUGAAUAAGAAGUGAUAAAGAAAACGUCAUUACAUCGAAAGUCUUAAUAAAAAGAAACAGCAGGUUUUGGAGCAAAAUUUGAAUCAUAGAUGCAUAAUCCAAUCUAAGACCAUGAUGAAGAUAUACCAAAUAUUGAUUUAAUAGAUGAUGAAAUCUAAGUGUUAUAAUAAGAAAGUUAAAGACCUGGUCAAUAAUUAUAUUAUUCAGAUAAAAGUCCUAGAGUUUACAGAAGGGUCUAAUAAAAAGUUACAUUUGAUUAAAAUCUAUUUGGAAUGAAGAAUAGAAGGUCAAGUUUAAUUUAUGAGAAUUAUAUUUAACAAAUAUAUGAGGAAGAACAUUAUUAAAUCGAAUUUGUAAGAUUAAUUUAAUUAUCAACUUUAGCCAAUCAUAACUUAGCCUUCUGUAGGAGACUUCGAUAAAAUCUGUGAAUUCAGAGAAUAUUAUCCAGAAUAUAACAUUUCUAGAGUGAUUAGGUUUCUGUAGAAAGUGACUUAGAUUUAUCAUAGACAAUAGACAAAUUCAUUAUAUUCAUUUUUAUUUAUAGCAAUAUAGAAAGGAUAUGCCAUGAAAGACAAAUUACAUGAUCACUUUCAAAGCAGAAACAAUAACAAAUCUAAUUCUAAUAGAAGAAUAUAUAAGUAUUUUAUAUUAUUAUAUAUUAAUUAGGAAAGGUAAAGUCAAAACAGUUUUAUUUUGA